AUAGUAUAAAAGACAACUAAAACCAGUUGCAUCAAGUUUCAGUACCACUCACAGAAGAAAAUUACAUCGAACGAUGUAUAUCAAACAUAUUUUUUCCACAUUUUCAGUCUUCGCCAUUACGGCUAUCUUGGCAAUUGAGUCACAAAAUAUUGACGAUGAGUCUCGAAACGCCAUUGAAUAUAUGGGCUCACAACAUCCAAUCGACGGCUCACAACAGCUACAUGAUGCAUUGAGUUGUUGGCCGCCAUAUGCUGAUUGCAGCGAUGGAAGAACCCCGUGUUGCAACAUAGACCAAUACUACCGUGGUUUCAGUCCGAAAUGCAAAUCAGGACAACUCUGCUGUCGUCCACGAUAGGUUUGGGCAAGAGGUUACCAACAUUCAUGACCUAUAACUCGGGAAACAUACCUCAAAUCUCGACCAUAUGGCCGCGCGGUGGAGAUAAGAAGUAUUCAAGCAUUCGAAAGGUCGCGGAUGCUAAUAUUAUGUUUAUUACUUCAAAGAGUGUCAUUUUGAUCACUCUGCUCAUCAAUCAUACAACAAAUCCAGUUAUUAUAAAGAUAUUGAUAUUUCUGGUCAUUCUUUACCAUGUUCAUUGUUUGGUACAUAUGAUUUUCCAACAUAUUAGCUAAGAAUUUGACUUAUGCUAAUACAAGAAAAGACACAUGUAGCUAUUCUUGCC